CACGAUGCAGACCAUCGUGAUCUUUGCUGGUCUUGUGGCUGUGGCCCUCGCGGCCCUCACGCCCCCUACCGAAGAGUUCAAGACCGUUGACGCUGUUCGCGCCGAGCAACAGAAGAAGGUCAUUGAGCUCCUCCAGAAUGUUCAGCAAAUGAACAAGUCUUUCGACUACUACAAGAUCGGCUACUCCUACGACAUCGCAGCCAACAUUGAAAACUACACCAACAAGAAGGCUGUAGAGGAGUUCCUGCACAUCCACGACAACAGGAUCAACGUCCAGCAGAUGCCCUUCACCAUCUUCAACGACAGGAUGAGGGAGGAAGCCAUCGCCCUAUACCGCGUGUUCUACUACGCCAAGGACUUUGACACCUUCUACAAGACCGCCGCCUGGGCCCGCGUCUGGAUCAACGAGGGCAUGUUCGUGUACUCCUUCUCCAUCGCCGUGUUGACCCGCCCCGACACCGUCCUGAUGGUCCUGCCCACUCCCUACGAGAUCUACCCCUACCACUUCUUCAACGCUGACGUCGUCAACAAGGUCCGCCGCGCCAAGAUGCAGGAGGGCUUCAUCCAGACCGAGGUCGCUGAGAAAUACGGAAUCACCUACGAAAACAACGUUUACACCGUGCUGGCUAACUACUCCGGCUGGUCUCACUUCGACAACGAGGAGCAGAAGAUCGCCUACUUCACCGAGGACAUCGGUCUGAACUCCUUCUACUACUACUUCCACGCCGUCUUCCCCUUCUGGAUGAAGGACAACGAGACCACCAGCCCCUUCACCGAGCGUCGUGGCGAGGCUUUCUACUACUUCUACCAGCAACUCCUGGCCCGUUACUACAUGGAGCGUUUGACCAACGGUCUCGGCGAGAUCCCCGAGUUCUCCUGGAAGCUGCCCGUCAAGACCGGCUACACUCCCAACCUGGUCGCCCACACGCUGUACCCCUUCGUCACCAGGAACAACUACUACAACCUCCAGACCCCUGCCAACGCCCACGCUCUGCAGUACCUCGAGAGCUUCGAAGAGAACUUCAUGCACAUGCUUGAACAGGGAUACUUCAAGGGUGACAAGAAGGAAGUCAACCUGAAGAACUGGAAGUCCAUCAACUUCGUCGGCAACUACUGGGGCUUCAACGUGGACCUGUACAAGUCUGGCACCAAGAACUUCCAGAAGUACUACGAAGUGAUCGCCCGCGAGCUGCUCGGCGCCGCCCCUGAACCCACUGACGAAUACUACACCGCCCCCGUCGCCCUGGAGCAGUACACCACCGCCCUCCGCGACCCCGUGUUCUACCAGCUGUACAAGCACAUCCUGUACUACUUCCAGCAGUACAAGCAGUACCUGGACCCCUACACCAAGGAGACCCUCAGCUUCACCGGCGUGAAGGUCAACGACGUCAAGGUCGACCACCUCACCACCUUCUUCGACUACUUCAAGUCCGACGUCUCCAACCUGAUCCAGCGAAACCAAGCCGAGCACAAGGACGUCAAGGCCUGGUUCCACGCCAUCCAGCCCCGUCUUAACAACAAGCCCUUCAACGUCGAGAUCGAGGUCAAGUCUGAGGUCGCCACCGACGCCGUCGUCAGGAUCUUCCUGGGACCCAAAUACGACAGCAACGGCUACCCCAUCUCUCUGGAAGACAACUGGAUGAACUUCAUGACCCUGGACACCUUCAACUACAAGCUGACCCAAGGCAAGAACCAGAUUGUGCGCAACUCCGAGCACUUCCUGUCCUUCGCUGACGACGCUUACACCACCUACGACCUGCUGAACUUCCUGAAGGAGAACAAGGUGCCUACUGACAUGUCCGAGGCUUCCUUCUUCAUGCCCAGGAGGCUGAUGCUGCCCAAGGGUACCGAGAGCGGCUUCCCCUUCCAGAUCUACGUCAUCGUGAGCCCGCACGUGCCCACCACCGGUGCCUACAAGAACUUCCGCGGCUUCUUCUGGGACAACAAGCCCUUCGGCUUCCCCUUCGACCGCCCCGUCAACGAGCUCUACUUCUGGCAGUCCAACAUGUUCAUGAAGGACGUGAAGAUCUACCACGAGGGAGAGUCCAACGUGUACAAGUUCGCCGUGCCCCAGUACCACAGCAACUUCGUCACCAAGCACUAAGCGAAUGACGACCGAUAGUGAUAUGUGUAUGUAAAUAAUGUAUCUAUCGAUUUACCGAGCAAAUAUAUAAAUGUUAUAAUGUAAUAUUUAUUAAACAUCUUAAUAAGAAAAUAUAAACAAUAUAAUUAAAUAU